CCUGCGCGCUUCUGAGUGUGCAGUGAUGUCGGACAGCGAACGUGCCGCGAGAUGAUUAUUCUUCGACUUUAAAUGAUUUUUCUAUGUGAGAUUAGAAUAUCUUUUUACAUAAUCGUGAUUCGUGUUUUGUCAUGACUAUCUGAGGUCUGUGGCUGAUUUUUCUUGGUGUCUCGACUAUUGUAAAGGGUUCAAAAAUGGGUAAAACUCUCUGCCAAGCUUGUAAUAAGAAGUGUAGCGGAGAAGUGCUACGAGUGCAGGACAAGUACUUUCACAUCGGUUGCUUCAAGUGUGCGCAGUGCAAUUCCAGUUUGGCUCAGGGUGGAUUUUUCGCUCGUGAAGGCUCCUACUAUUGUACUAAGGAUUAUCGCGAGCGAUGGGGCACUAAGUGUGCUGGUUGUGGCGAGUACGUCGAAGGUGAUGUUGUAACUGCUGGAGAAAAACACGCAUUUCAUCCCAACUGUUUCCACUGUCAGCGGUGUCGGCAACCAUUGCUGGGACAAGGAGCUAAGGUCACAUUGGUACAAGGGCAAGCGUUGUGUCAUCGAUGCGUCAGUAUCCCGGUACGGGAGGCUUCUACUCCAAUAAAUAACAGUGGACCCCCACCCGGACUAGAAGGCCAGAUUGAUCCAGGUGCCUGCGCCGGGUGUAGACAGCAGUUACGAGAGGGUCAAGCUUUGGUAGCCUUGGAUCGGCAGUGGCACGUUUGGUGCUUCAAGUGUCACAGUUGUGACACUGUAUUGCACGGAGAAUACAUGGGCAAGGAUGGAGUACCGUAUUGUGAAAAAGAUUAUCAGAAGCAGUUUGGAGUCAAGUGUGCGUACUGCAGUCGGUACAUAAGUGGAAAAGUCUUACAAGCUGGUGAAAAUCAUCACUUUCAUCCAACAUGCGCGAGAUGUACGAAAUGUGGAGAUCCUUUCGGGGAUGGAGAAGAGAUGUACUUGCAAGGUGGUGCCAUUUGGCAUCCACGUUGUGGACCUGGGCCUACUGGCUCUAAUGGUAUUGUCAACGGUCAUGCGGAGAACCAUGUCCAUACUCCACAUAGAGAUUCAGAACGCAUUUGCAGCAGUGCUUCAGAGAUGCAGUUUUCAAUACGGUCACGCACACCAAGUCUCAAUGGAUCCCUGUACAGCCCUUACAACAGCCUCAGUCGCAAGUACUAUCCGACAAGAACUGGCAGUCCAGGAUUGAUCUUGAGAGAAUACGGAAGAGGUGGUGAGGAUGUAUCUAGGAUUUGUACAUAUUCUUAUCUCACAGAGACACCAAGUCAAGGAUACUUGAGGCGACCAAUUCAACCAUAUGAUAAACCACCCACCAGCCCACACUUCCAUAGACCUAGUUCUUCAAGAUCAAUAAGAAGUAGUGGCGGGCGCAGCAGCCGAUCUGGUAUGCGUGCAUUGGUUGAUGCACUCAGUGACUCAAGACCCAAAUCACCUGCAGCAGUGAGUCAAGCGGACAAUGAGGAGCCAAUUGAAUUGGCUCAUUUCCCUGAUGCCAUGAGGCCACCACCAGGAACACAACCUCCUAUUGAAAGAGACGAUUUCCCUGCUCCACCUUAUCCUUAUACUGAUCCGGAAAGACGCAGGCGUUGGUCUGAUACCUACAAGGGUGUACCAGUCUCGGAUGACGAAGAUGAGGUGGAUAACAAGGGAUAUAUCCAAGAAGCUGAGCAAAAAUUGAAGAAGGAGCAAGCUGAGUUGAGCAAAAUUGAUACAGGAAUAGCCAAAGUCUUUUUGCAGGACCGUGAGAAAGAUAGGGAAAACUUACGACAUAGGGCAGCAAACGUCGACCCAAGGAAUGCUUCGAGAACACCUUCCGCUGCUCGAGAACCGGCCUAUCGGUUACGUUACGAAAGUCCCGUUGGCGCUUCACCGUCGAGGAAUAUAGAUCACGCUCGUCCAUGGGAGGAUGAAGAUGGUGUUAGUUACAGAUCUAGUGUCGGGCCUAGUUACAACGCUGGGAGAUCUUCUGUUCGCUCCCCGGCUCCCAGAAAUUAUCCACCUCUUGGUACUCAGCGAGCAUCUACUCUACCAUCAGCCAGUAGGCAUUACCAUUCGGGCGACUACUCAUUCAGUGGAAUGGGCGAUAAAACACACAGCACAGAUUUUUCGUCUGGGAAGUCCGACAUAUCAACAGGCAGCAUCACAGACGUGGAUCGACGGGCAUUGGUAUGUACUGCAGCGCCCUACUUCUCCCGGCGCAUUAGCAUGAAUGAUGGUGCGAUAAUUCCAUCAUCCACUACGUACACGGGCGGUCUGGGAUCCGUUACAGUAAAUCAUGGUGGACAUCACGUAAGGCGUUCGUUACCAGACAUGGGAGCAAAUCCGGGAGAACCACCGAAGCUUUAUCCUUAUCAUCUCCUUUUAAUCACCAAUUACAGGCUGCCUGGUGACGUAGACCGUUGCAAUCUAGAGCGGCACCUAUCCGACGCUGAAUUUGAAGCUAUUCUACAAUUCACUCGUGCUGAGUUUUACCGGCUGCCACAAUGGCGUCGCAACGAGAUUAAACGAAAAGCACGACUCUUCUAAUUCUUU